AUGUCGACAAGUGCUGUUGAUCUUGAUCGACUUCAAUAUCAUGUCUGCCUUCUUCUUAGUGCCAUAUAUUUACCGCAACGUGAAUACCUGAAGGCCAAACAAUUGACAGAAAAAGCACGAGGAAUAGGUGAGAAGCUAAAGGAUGAAAUGAUGAUAGCUGAAAGUUUACAUAGAUUUGGUGAUAUCAAGCAAGUAGAAGGAGAUUGGAAUGGGGCACUGAAUAGUUAUAUGAAAUCAAUUAAUAUAAAAUUAAGGUGCAUAGGAGAAUAUAAUUCGAGUGUCGCUAAUUCAUACGAGGAGAUAGGGAUUAUUUACUACGACCAAGGUAAUUAUGAAGAGGCUAUAUCUAUGUUAGAAAAGUCACUCAAAAUUAGAUUAUCAAUCUUUGGUUGCAAUCAUUCCGAUGUUGUCAAAUCAUAUAGCAAUAUAGGUGCUGCAUAUAGACGUCAAGGCAAGCAUGAAGAGGCUAUUUUGAUGUAUAAGAAGUCACUCAAAAUUGCAUUGUCAGUGUAUGGUCAUAAUAAUCUCGAUGUUGCCAAAUCAUGUAAUAAUCUAGGAAUUGUGUAUUUAGAUCAAGGCAAGCAUGAAGAGGCUAUUUCUAUGUAUGAAAAGUCACUUAAAAUUAGAUUAUCAGUCUUAGGUCGUUAUCAUCCCGAUGUUGCCAAAUCAUAUAAUAACCUAGGGAUUAUGUAUUAUAAUCAAGGCAAGCAUGAAGAGGCUCUUUCUAUGUAUGAGAAGUCACUCAAAAUUCAAUUAUCAGUCUUUGAUCAUAAUCAUCCCGAUGUUGCCAAAUCAUAUAAUAACAUGGGAUCUGUAUAUAGGCAUCAAGGCAAGCAUGAAGAGGCUAUUUUUAUGUAUGAGAAGUCACUCAAAAUUCAAUUAUCAGUCUAUAGUCCUAAUCAUCCUGAUGUUGCUAAAUCAUAUAACAAUCUAGGAAUUGUGUAUAAUGAUCAAGGCAAGCAUGAAGAGGCUAUUUCUAUGUACAAGAAGUCACUCAAAAUUCAAUUGUCAGUCUAUGGUCAUAAUCAUCUCGAUGUUUCUGCAUCAUAUAAUAACAUGGGAGAGGCAUAUUCUAAUCAAGGCAAGCAUGAGGAGGCUAUUUCUAUGUAUGAGAAGUCACUGAAAUUUCAAUUAUCAGUCUUUGAUCAUAGUCAUCCCGAUAUUAACAAAUCAUAUAACAACAUAGGAAAUGCAUAUUUUAAUCUAGGCAAGCUUGAGGAGGCUAUUUCUAUGUACAAGAAGUCACUCAAAAUUCAAUUAUCAGUCUUUGGUCAUAAUCAUCCCGAUGUUGCCAAAUUAUAUAACAACAUGGGAGCUGCACAUUCUAAUCAAGGCAAGCAUGAAGAGGCUAUUUCUAUGUAUAAGAAAUCACUCGAAAUUGCAAUAUCAGCCUAUGGUCAUAAUCAUCCCAAUGUUGCUUCGUCAUAUGACAACAUGGGAUCUGCAUUUAGACAUCAAGGCAAGCAUGAAGAGGCUAUUUCUAUGUAUGAAAAGUCACUUAAAAUUAGAUUAUCAGUCUUAGGUCGUUAUCAUCCCGAUGUUGCCAAAUCAUAUAACAAUCUAGGAAUUGCAUAUAAUGAUCAAGGCAAACAUGAAGAGGCUCUUUCUAUGUAUGAGAAGUCACUCAAAAUUCAAUUAUCAGUCUUUGAUCAUAAUCAUCCCGAUGUUGCCAAAUCAUAUAAUAACAUGGGAUCUGUAUAUAGGCAUCAAGGCAAGCAUGAAGAGGCUAUUUCUAUGUAUGAGAAGUCACUCAAAAUUCAAUUAUCAGCCUAUAGUCCUAAUCAUCCCGAUGUCGCUAUAUCAUAUAACAAUCUAGGAAUUGUGUAUAAUGAUCAAGGCAAGUAUGAAGAGGCUAUUUCUAUGUAUAAGAAGUCACUCAAAAUUCAAUUGUUAGUCUAUGAUCAUAAUCAUCCUGAUGUUGCCAAAUCAUAUAGCAACAUUGGAGAGGUAUAUUUUAAUCAAGGCAAGCAUGAGGAGGCUAUUUCUAUGUAUGAGAAGUCACUUGAAAUUACACUGUUAGAGUUUAAUCAUAAUCAUCCCGAUGUUUCUGCAUCAUAUAACAAUCUAGGAAAUGUGUAUGAUGAUCAAGGUAAGUAUGAAGAAGCUAUUUCUAUGUAUGAGAAGUCACUCAAAAUUAGAUUGUCAGUCUUUGGUCAUAAUCAUCCCGACGUUGCCAAAUCAUAUAACAAUCUAGGAAAUGUGUAUAAUAGUCAAGGCAAGCAUGAAGAGGCUAUUUCUAUGUAUGAGAAAUCAAUUAAAAUUAGAUUGUCAGUCUUUGGUCAUGAUCAUUCGGAUGUUGCUGGAUCAUAUAAUAACAUAGGAGCUGCAUAUUCUAAUCAAGGCAAACAUGGAGAGGCUAUUUCUAUGUAUAAGAAGUCGCUCAAAAUUCAAUUAUCAGUCUUUGGUUAUAAUCAUCCAGAUGUUGCCAAAUCAUAUAACAACAUGGGAACUGCAUAUUCUAAUCAAGGUAAGCAUGAAGAGGCUAUUUGUAUGUAUGAGAAGUCUCUCAAAUCUCAAUUGUCAGUAUUUGGUCAUAAUCAUCCCGAUACUGCCAAAUCAUAUAACAAUCUAGGAAAUGAGUAUUUAGAUCAAGGCAAGCACGAAGAGGCUAUUGCUUUGUAUGAGAAGUCACUCAAAAUUCAAUUAAUAAUCUUUGAUCAUAAUCAUCCCAAUGUCGCCAGAUCAUAUAACAAUAUGGGAGCUGCAUAUUCUAAUCAGGGCAAGCACGAAGAGGCUAUUUUUAUGUAUAAGAAGUCACUCAAAAUUCAAUUAUCGGUCUUUGGUCAUGAGCAUCCCGAUAUCGCCAAAUCAUAUAACAACAUAGGAGCUGCAUAUUCUAAUCAAGGAAAGCAUGAAGAGGCUAUUUCUAUGUACGAGAAGUCACUCAAAAUUAAAUUGUCAGUCUUUGAUUAUAAUCACCCUGAUGUUGCUGCAUCAUAUAACAACAUGGGCGCUGCAUAUUCUAAUCAAGGCAAGCAUGAAGAGGCUAUUUCUAUGUAUGAGAAAGCACUUAAAAUUAGAUUAUCAGUCUGCGGUCAUAAUCAUUCCGAUGUUGCUGGAUCAUGUAACAACAUGGGAGCUGCAUAUUCUAAUCAAGGUAAGCAUGAAGAGGCUAUUUCUAUGUAUGAGAAGUCUCUUAAAAUUCAAUUGUCAGUCUUUGGUCAUAAUCAUCCCGACAUUGCCAAAUCAUAUAACAACAUUGGAUCUGCAUAUAGACAUCAAGGUAAGCAUGAAGAGGCUAUUGCUUUGUAUGAAAAGUCACUCAAAAUUCAAUUAUCAGCCCUUGGUCACAAUCAUCCCGAUACUGCCAAAAUUAUAUAA